AUGCGUAUAAUUUGGGCUAAAGUUGGUAGACCGAUAUCGCUGGAUUGUACACUAGAAAAAAUGCCAACAGAUGAUAAUAAUUUUGCACUGGAAUGGCGUAAACAACGAAAGCUUGUGUUUAGCGCUUACGGAAAUGCCAGUGGACAUAGUGCACCUGAAAUGCAAGGUAUGCAAUUGCAGUACUCAUUUCUAAUCGUAUUAGUUGUUCGAUUAAUGCAUAAUAUUAGCACUGAGACUUGA